GCCAUGGAGGGGAACACGCACCUGCUGCAGGUCAUCCGCAAGAUGCGCUCCCAGAUCAACAAGCUGGAGAGGGAGAACAGGGCCCUGAGGGGAGAGCUGCAGGGCUGCGGGCAGGGAGCGGAGCCGGCAGCAGGAGCAGGGGGCGGCGGGGCGAGGAGCCUGGCCUGUGAUGGGGAGGGACCGGCCCCGGCAUCUCCUGCAUCCUCAGCAUCUCCCGCAUCCUCAGCAUCCCUGCAGGGACGCGCCGCGCCCGCCGCAGCGCCGAGGGAGCCGCCAGAUACUGCCAUGACUGUGAGACGCUACCCCACCAUCUCCCCAGCUCCUGCUCCUUCCAGCACCAGGUUCCCCUGGGCUGGCAGGAAGGCUCCAAGCAAUGGGCUCCUGGAGGUGCCAGGCAGUGCCCAGCCAGCAGCUCCUCCUGCUGCAGCACAGCUCAGCAGGGAACAGGAGAAAGGGCUUGAAAAGUCACCAGCCCGUUGUCUCUGCUACAGCCACUCCAGCAACGUGAAGCUGUUCCAGGAGCACGUCUAUAAGUGCCAGAGUAAAGUGAAGGCUGUGAGUUUCCUCUUACCAAUGGAUAUGUCAUCAUUUGCUCAAAAGCAAGGUGCUCUCAGAAGCCCACAAAAUUAAAGCACGAAACAUCUAAUGACCAUCUCUGAAAAGGAUAUGUGAGCUGGUGAAUUUUUAAAAGCCCAUUGACUCCUGAGAUAAAUUGGCCUUAAAUGAUAGCUGUGUGUCAGGUUCCUCUCCUGCAAAACGUUUUGGCAGGAUGCCCACAGAGCAUCACCCAGCCGUGUUUGGGUCACUGGCCUGAUGUUCAGCAGGGAAAUGGAAACCACAACAAAGCCAGCUGGAAUCCCAGACACUGUGAUGGAACCACACAAAGCAAAGGUGCCUCUGCAAAGUGCAGUGUGUCUCAAGGACCCUUACCUCAGGACUGAUGUGAACAGGGUGUUGGAGCUGGGCUUGGGGUGUCUGUCACAAAAAGCAGGAACUGUGUCACCACUUGUGUUUGCUGAUUCCCUUGACAGAAAGGUGCCUGGUGCAAGUAACAAAAUAAGAACUACCCAAGAGCCUGUGAGGUUUUCUCUGUAGGUAAAACUUUCAAGCUUCACUAAUACAGCAAAAUUAAGAAGAUAUUACUGAGUGGGUUACUGUUGCCCUGAAUUUCUGCAAAGCUUGGCAAUGAGUUUAUGUCCAUUUGAGGUUCACUUCCAAGAGAGCACAGAGGAGAGUAAGUACUUAUUGGUGUGAAAAUAUGACUACAAAUCUGCUUCUCACUUGGUGUGCUCAUCCAGCUGGAGACUAAAGGCUGGACACCAAGUCAAAACAGGAAGAAUUGUGAAUAUCAGAAUUUUUUAGGAUGGCUUCUCAGCACAGCUCAGACCAAAAAUCAUGAGCAGAAAUUCAGCAGGCAAGUACAACAUCACUGUGAGAUAGAACUACAGACAGCUUGCAAAAAAUGAGCAGUGCUUGUUAGUCUAAUCAUAUAAGUGAAGAUAAUGUUCCAUGUGUUUAUUUUGAUUAGAACUAUUUAUGGAAUCAAAAUACUGCACACUGCUAUUUCUGUACAGGAAGCACAGAUGAUUGAAUAUUGUAGAGCGAAUACAUGAAUAGUAGAUGUUUGUACAGAUAACUUUAAGGAAGGUUUUAAUCUCAUUGUCUACUCUUAAAGUCUUGAGUUUUCUAAAGGUGCAAGCAGAGACUUAGUAGAAAAAAAUCCCCUCUGGAUUUUCCACGAUGUUGUAUACGUCUAUGAAAUUGUGUGCUUCUUUUUUCAUUUUGAAUUCCACCAUAAUUUUUUUAUAUUCAAGUGUAGUUUUAAUAUAUUCUCACCAUUGAAGUAAUAAUCUCAAUUUCACUCAAUUGUUAUUUUAUUUGUGUGUUUUUAUGGAUCCAUACAGAGUUGUAUUGUAAUGUCAGUAGUAAUUAAUUAAUGCAAAGGAGGUUCCAGUUUGGAAAGUUUACUAGCAGCCCAUUUAGAAGGCUUUACAGGGAAGUGCUUUGUAAAUGUUCUAAGGAAAGCAUAA